AUGGAGAAAAGUUGGUUCUUGCUCCUUUUCUUGGCGUUCCUCCUGCCGGCGGCGAGCGUGGCGGUGUCGUGCCACCCUGAUGACCUCCUUGCACUGCGCGGGUUCGCCGGUAAUCUCAGCAAUGGGGGCGUCCUCCUCCAUGCCAAGUGGUUCGGUAACUCUUGCUGUAGUUGGGAAGGUGUGGGAUGCGACGGCGGAAGCGGCCGUGUCACUACUUUAUGGCUCCGUGGGCAUGGACUCGCAGGCCACAUCCCAACAGCAUCCUUGGCUGGCCUUGCACGGCUGGAGUCGCUCAACCUCGCCAACAACAAACUGGUCGGCACAAUCCCAUCAUGGAUUGGUGUGCUUGACCACCUUUGCUACUUGGAUCUCUCAAAUAAUUCAUUGGUUGGUGAGAUACCCAAGAAUUUACAGAGAAGGCUCAGUUGCCCCAACAUUGUUGGUCAUUCACUGGGUACGGCUUCCACUAACAUGCCAUUGCAGGUGAAGCAUAACCAAAUAGCACUGAGUGAGCAACCAAACACAAUAACCGGGACCAAUAACUAUGUCAGAUCUGGGAUCAACAAUGUUGUUUCUGGGAACCACAACACUGUCACAUCCGGGAACGACAAUGUUGUGUCUGGGAACCACAACACCGUGUCUGGGACCAACCAUGUUGUAACUGGUAACAACCAUGUCGUAACAAGGAACCAGAAUACCGUAUCUGGGAGCCAUCAUAAAGUAUCUGGAGGCCACAAUACUGUAUCUGGGAGCCACAAUACCGUAUCUGGAAGCCACAACACAGUAUCUGGGAGCAACCACGUCGUACAUGGGAACAACAAAGUCGUGACAGGAGGUUAA